CGCGGUAUCCAGACGCUCAGAUCUGUACGAGCCGGGCCUCGGGCGUGGUCCGUGGGCGUGACCUUGAGGGUGACCCGGAGCGAGCUACGCGAAGGGGGAUUUUGCCCGUUCUGAUCCCGCGGAAGCGCCAUCGCUGGCGACGGGUCCCCGCGCGGAGCGGGCGCUGAGUGUGCGCGCGCGCGCGAGUUGAAUGGGGGUGGCCUCCUGCGCCCAACCUGCUGCAUUUUAGGACUGUUUCCUUUUCCAAAAGAAGAGCUCAAAAGAGAAGGUUCAUCGAGAAAUCUCAAAGCCAUGUCUCAGGAUGAACUAGAGUAUGCCCUUACAGGGAUCAGUGUCAUUCAAGGAUGUGACUGUGGACUUCACCCAGGAGGAGUGGCAGCAACUAGACCCUGCUCAGAAGGCCCUCUACAGGGAUGUGAUGUUGGAAAACUAUUGCCACUUUGUAUCUGUGGGGUUUCACAUGACUAAGCCUGAUAUGAUCCGCAAGUUGGAACAAGGAGAAGAGCUAUGGACACAGAGAAUUUUUCCAAGUUACAGCUAUCUAGAAGAAGAUGGGAAAACUGAAGAUGUCUUAGUGAAGUUCAAAGAAUACCAAGACAGGCAUUCUAGAUCCCUCAUAUUCAUCAAUCACAAAAAACUAAUUAAGGAGAGAAGUAAUAUUUAUGGUAAAGCACUUAAUCUAGGCAAGAACCGUAUUUCAAAAACCAUACUGUGUGAAUAUAAACCUGAUGGAAAAGUUUUGAAAAAUAUUUCAGAACUAGUCAUUAGAAAUAUAAGCCCCAUAAAAGAGAAGUUUGGGGACAGUACUGGAUGGGAGAAAUCACUCCUCAGUACCAAGCAUGAGAAAAUUCAUCCUGCAGUGAAUCUCCAGAAACAAACAGAAAGAGUUCUCAGUGGUAAACAGGAGCUUAUUCAGCAUCAGAAGGUUCAAGCUCCAGAGCGACCAUUUGACCAUAAUGAAUGUGAAAAAUCCUUCCUGAUGAAAGGAAUGCUAUUUACACAUACUAGAGCUCACAGAGGAGAAAGAACCUUUGACUACAAUAAAGAUGGAAUUGCCUUCAUAGAAAAGUCAAGCCUCAGUGUCCAUCCAAGUAAUCUUAUGGAAAAGAAGCCCUCUGCCUACAACAAAUAUGGGAAAUUCCUCUGCAGAAAGUCUGUCUUUAUUAUGCCUCAGAGACCACAAACAGAAGAGAAACCCUUUCACUGUCCUUACUGUGGGAAUAACUUUAGAAGGAAAUCAUACCUCAUUGAACAUCAGCGAAUUCACACAGGUGAAAAACCUUAUGUUUGCAAUCAAUGUGGAAAGGCCUUCCGUCAGAAGACAGCCCUCACCCUUCAUGAGAAAACACAUAUAGAGGGGAAACCCUUUAUUUGUAUGGAUUGUGGGAAGUCCUUCCGCCAGAAGGCCACCCUCACUAGACAUCACAAAACACAUACGGGGGAGAAAGCCUAUGAAUGUCCUCAGUGUGGAAGUGCCUUUAGGAAGAAGUCAUACCUCAUUGAUCACCAGAGAACUCACACAGGAGAGAAACCAUAUCAGUGUAAUGAGUGUGGGAAGGCAUUUAUCCAGAAGACAACCCUCACUGUGCAUCAGAGAACUCACACAGGAGAGAAACCCUAUAUUUGCAAUGAAUGUGGGAAGUCCUUUUGCCAAAAGACAACUCUCACUCUCCACCAGAGAAUUCACACAGGGGAGAAACCCUAUAUUUGUAAUGAAUGUGGGAAGUCCUUCCGCCAGAAGGCAAUCCUCACUGUUCAUCACAGGAUACAUACAGGAGAGAAAUCCAAUGGGUGUCCUCAGUGUGGGAAAGCCUUUAGUAGGAAAUCAAACCUCAUUCGCCAUCAGAAAACUCACACAGGAGAGAAACCAUAUGAAUGUAAACAGUGUGGGAAGUUCUUCAGUUGUAAGUCAAACCUCAUUGUCCAUCAGAAAACUCACAAGGUAGAAACCAUGGGAAUUCAGUAAGUAAUGUGGCUUUUUUUUGUAAAAACUGUUAAGUCAUAGUAAACCCUGUAGAUGAUGUUGCUUGCAAGCAUAAUAAUAUCCAACAGUUUAAGGUAUUAUACCACAUGGUAAUCUACUAUUUGCCAGCCUGUAAAACACACACACACACACACACAAAUAUUAUGAGACAAAUUACAUGACAAAAAUAAUUUAAAAGUCCAAAUUUUUUUAUUACUAGCUUCAGCAGACAAAAACUUCCUCUGUCAAGGUGUUAUAAACAUUGAAAAUCACAUUUUCCAUUUCAAGACAUAUCCUUUUGUUAAUCAGUAAUAACUAGUUGGCCAACUGACUGUGGUCCAUGGACUAUACAGUGAGUAGAGAGGUUCUUUAAAAGAAGGAGGUAUAAACUGUAUUUCUCAUUGCAAAUACAAAAUAAAAAUUAGUUGUUACCUCCUCACAGUUGACCACGAUUCUGACUUCUAACAUUACAAAUUAGUUUUUACAUAUUAUAAACCUUUCUAUAAAUUGGAUUAUCAUGCAUUCUUUCAUGUACAGCUUAUUACAUUCAUCAUGUCCCUGAGUCUAAUCAUUAGUGCAUGUGGCAGAAGUUUAUUUAUUUUUAUCCAGGAUAGAAUUCUAUUAUAUGAUUAUAUCACAAUUUAUCCAUUCUCCUAUUGAUGAACUUUUACAUUGUUUACAGCUUAGGGUCAUAAUAAAUCAUGCUUCUGAGAGCAUACUUGUCUUGGUGUACAUACAUGUAUUUCUCUUGUGUAUAUACUUAGGAAUGGAAUCGCUGGGUCUUAGUGCAUAUGUGUAUUCAGUCAGAUACUGGCAGACGAUUCAGAACUUUCACCACGUGAGAUAAUUGACACUGAAGGGAAACAGCUAUAAAUUUUAUCAAUAUGGUGCUGGUUCAAACCAGAGAAUUCAUGCUACAGGGAAACUUGAUCAAUGUUAUUGUGAAAACUGGGAAUGUGAAUGAACGUAAUAUAUGUAGAAAGACGUUUAGCCACAGCCCAAAUCUUCCAGGCAAAUGUCAUAAAUGUGAGAUUGCUGUUAGCCA